UCUAUAUGCCUCUCUUUCUAAAUCUAUCUCUCUCUGUCUAACUUCGCGAUUCUUCACUAAAAAAAAGCAAUAGUGUCAAGUGAUAUUUUAAGUGAUGUGUUUUUAAUAGUUGAUAAUUUUUCCGUUUCUUUCCUUUACGUGAUUGUUAUGUAACAGGUUCGGAAAUAGAACUGAAGCCUGUGCGUUGUUGACUAAUUUAAAAAAGAAUAAAUAACAUCGAUAAACUGUGAUACCCCAAAACAAGAGAGAAAAAAGUGUCUAUACUUUUAACUGUUAUUUAUAUUCGCGGGUUAUUUGUUAUAUUCGCGAGUUAUUUGUUGCGGUUUAUAAAUAUAAUCGAUGUUGUGUCUCUAUUUGAAAGAUGUCUCAAGAAUCGACGAUGACGAAGAACUUUUUGACCGUCACCAAUAUAGUCAAUGAGGGGAUUAAAGGCACCAAGAUCUCACAGCUCGGCCUCUCCAAGUACCUGUCGCAGUCACUAGCGCAGCUUGAAACCACUUCAACAAGCUCACCCCAAGCCAAGUCCCCUGCAACCAGCAGCGCUGGCGCCACAGCUGGAGCUUCAACGGCCCAAGGAGAGAGGACACCAACAGCUCACAACAAACAGCUGCAAAAUGUCAAGGGACAAGACCAUCCGCCGCAUCCUUCCGUAGAAGAGAACCGGUCGAUAUCUCUGGUGGACAUGUACAUCGACAACUCGGAGCCCUCGGAGAACGUGGGGCAAAUACACUUCUCGCUGGAGUACGAUUUCCAGAACACGACGCUUAUUUUGAGGAUCAUACAAGGCAAGGAACUUCCAGCAAAGGAUCUAAGCGGGACAUCGGACCCCUACGUCCGAGUGACUCUUCUACCAGACAAGAAGCAUCGCCUGGAGACGAAAAUAAAACGUCGCACCUUGAACCCUCGAUGGAACGAGACGUUAUACUUCGAGGGUUUCCCGAUACAGAAAUUGCAAAGUCGGGUACUACACCUCCACGUUUUUGACUACGAUCGUUUCUCGAGAGAUGACUCAAUUGGUGAAGUGUUCCUCCCUCUAUGUCAGGUGGACUUAAGUGAGAAGCCAUCUUUCUGGAAGGCGCUCAAGCCUCCAGCAAAGGACAAAUGUGGCGAACUGCUGACGUCACUUUGUUACCACCCCAGCAACAGCGUGCUGACUCUAACUUUGCUCAAAGCGAGGAACCUCAAGGCGAAGGACAUCAAUGGGAAAUCAGAUCCAUACGUAAAGGUGUGGCUUCAAUUUGGCGACAAACGCAUAGAGAAACGCAAGACAGCAGUGUUCAAAUGCACCUUGAAUCCAGUGUUCAAUGACUCCUUCUCCUUCAACGUCCCCUGGGAGAAAAUCCGGGAGUGCUCCCUGGACGUGCAGGUUAUGGACUUCGACAAUAUUGGCAGGAACGAGCUCAUUGGGAGAAUACUCUUGGCUGGUAAGAACGGCUCCGGAGCGACAGAAACGAAGCACUGGCAAGACAUGAUCACCAAACCACGGCAGACCAUAGUCCAGUGGCACCGCCUCAAACCGGAGUAGAUCCUCAACUUGGGCCAGUCAAUGCAUUCAAUUGCACGAUAGAUAGGGAUAACGUUAUAGAUAAGACAGAGAUGGACAUAUGUGGCCAUUUUGUUUAUAUCGAUUUUUUAAAGCAGAAAAUUAGCCAUUGUGAUCCGAUUUUUUGAGCGAAAGAUUUGAAUCGAAAUCGAAAUAUUUAAAAACAAUGUCACGGUUGCCAUGUUGAAAAUCAAUCUUCAGUGAAAACUCUUUUAGACUGCGUAUUUAUUUGCCUAGGGCCCGUGUACAUAAAACUAAAUUUUGCUUAUAACAGAUUCUCAAGUAUGGGUAAAUCUAUGUUGAAUACCAAACUAAAGAAUCUGUUUUUAGCCAUUUGUUGUAUAUUACAGGCCUGAGACAUAUCUGUCUCUGUUGACAUGCAUUAAUUUAAAUUCGGUGAGCUCACGCAUCUUGCAGUAGAUAUUUUCUAAUUAAUUAAGUCCUCAUUAAUUAACGCGAGGGCAUCUAAGGCUCUUAAAAUCUUAGUUUAUUGGUGCUAUUGCUAAAAUUGGCUUCAGCUGAUUUUGCGAUAUCUUCGUAAAUUUCAGAUACUACUAUAAUACUGCAAGCCCGCAAAUAUAAAUUUUGUUCCAAGUAUUCCUAGAAUGACUAAGAAAUGUAAAAAUAUUUCUGCUGAACUAAUAUUACCUUUUUUAAACAAGAAACACUCUCAUUUUUAUAACGUCGACGACUUAUACGCCGUGCUGAGUAAGAAUGAUAAAAGUGUUUUUUGGACCCAGGAAGUUUUCAGAUCUGUCUUAUCUAUGACAAUGUGAAGGGCCCUUAAACAAAUUAUUACAAAACGUCAUAAGACUGAGCGGUUUGAAAAGAAAUGACAUAAAUUGAAUCUCUUCGUCGAUAUCACGGCUUAAUAGAUAGGCUUAAGUUCUUAGAUUUAUGUCUGUUUGUGCAGUCUCUGCUGCGCUGAAAAGAUAUGGCAAUGAUACCUACUAGAAAAUUGCGGCAAUAAAUACUACGCCGAAUUGGGCGUACUUCAGUCAGUAUUUCAUGUAUUUAUGUACUCUUAGUAAUUUUCCUAAAUGUGUACACAAAAAAGUUUUAUUCAUAUGCGCAGAUUGCUUUUUGGAAGAUCUGAUAUAUCGCGUAGAAAGAUAGCUAUUGUGUAAAAAAAAAUUUUAUUAUUUUUUUUCAACGCACACAUUUACCUGAUUUUCGCGGAUUAUUGUGAAAAAUUAACCUUACGAAUGGGGGAUAUUCGGACAGUAACGUCAGUUUUUAUCCAAUAAUAUAUCAGGUAUCCCUUCAGCGGUACUACGCACAAAUUAAUAGGCGCGUUCAAGAAUAAAUUGUUCAUUGGUAUUGCGGUAUCCAUUUGGAACGUAUCGGAGACCAUCUAUAAAUAAUUCAUGCAUGGUUAAGUUUCAUAGUAGGGAGGAUCAGUGUCACUCUAGAAUUCCACAGAAAGGUUUUUCUAGAAGCUCU